AUGACUGAAGGAAAAUAUGCAAGAAUCCCUUCUUCCCUUAAACCGGCUGGAACGCACAGUUCUGAGCUAUUAAAGAUCGAAAGACAAAAAGCAAGCUUUGAUAGCGAUCAAAUGAGCGUAUAUUUGCAUGGCAAAGAUCAAUUGGACAAAGAAGCAGAAUUGGUAAACAUUCUCGAGAAUGAUCCUUCAGGCGCAUUUGAUAAGUCAAAGUGGAAUUAUAUGGGCAGAGCAGACAAAUUCCGUCAUGCUUUAAAGAAAGAUAAACGUUUAUCACAAUUGGCAAGAGAACACGAUUGGGAUAGGGAAACAACCAUCAGGGCUGAGGCACUGUGCGACUUACCCGGUCCAUUUGGAUUGCAUAGAAGUAUGUUCAUCAGCACAAUCGAGAACAUGGGUACAGACGAGCAAAAGGAAAAGUGGCUGGGACCUGCAUUGCGUUAUGAAAUCAUUGGAUGUUAUGCACAAACAGAACUUGGACAUGGCUCCAACGUACAAGGACUGGAAACGUUGGCAGUGUAUGACGAGGAAAAACAAGAAUACGAUCUGCACUCGCCAACAAUGACUGCAUCGAAAUGGUGGAUUGGUGGUUUGGGAAGAACCGCCACUCACGCAGUUGUGAUGGCACAACUGGUACUCAAGGGCAAGAGAGUUGGUCCUCAUCCCUUCAUUGUCCCAAUUCGUGAUCCUGUCACUCGUGAACCUUUGCCAGGCGUCUAUGUCGGUGAUAUUGGACCAAAAGCAGGGUACAAUACAACCGACAACGGAUAUAUGCUCUUCGAUCACGUAAAGAUACCUCACCUGAAUCAACUCUCCCGCUUUGCAAAAGUUGACCCAGAGACAGCUCAGUACACUCCACCCCAAAAUUCUGCUUUGACCUAUGGUACAAUGACUUGGGUUCGUGCAGGUAUCGUUCGUAAUGCAAGGACAGUUUUGAUGCGUUCAGUGACUGUUGCCGUUCGCUACUGUGCUAUUCGUCGUCAAUUCGCUGAUCGUGAUGCACCCAAAUUUGAAGGCAGUAAACCAAUCGAAACGCAAGUUCUUGAUUACACUAUGGUGCAAGCACGUAUUUUCCCCAUUUUGGCCAAAGCCUUUGCAUUCCACUAUACUGCCAAGUACAUGUAUGAGCUGUACGAAGCCAACAUGGAAUGCAUCAACAAGGGCGAUUUAGGCUUGCUAGCUGAAACUCAUGCAAGUUCAUCCGGUCUCAAAGCCUUGUGCACGAUUGAAGCAGCAGAUGCGAUUGAAGUUUGCCGACGUGCUUGUGGUGGACAUGGUUAUAGUGCCGCUUGUGGAUUGCCAACGUUUUACAACGAUUUCUUGCCUCAAGUGACAUGGGAAGGUGAUUCAUACAUGUUGUCCCAACAAACAUCUCGUUUCUUACUCAAACAGAUGCGUGCUUUGAACAAGAACCCGGAUGAUAUGCCUAAAUCCUUCAUUGCUGACUAUAUGCGUCAUUACAAAAAGAACAAAGGAUUUAAGAGUGAUGUUCAAUUUUCUGGUGAUUUGUACGAUCCAAUGUGGUUCGUAAAGGCAUUCGGAUACCGUGCUGCUUGGUUGGUGGAACAAACAUUGGAACUACGUGAUGGUCCUGCUAAACGAUCAUGGAAUUCCAUUUUGCCCGAGUUGUACAGAUGUUCAAAAGCACAUUCUCAAGCAUUGGUCAUCUACAACUUUGCUAUGGCCAUCUUGCACGAUGAAGAUUUGAAUUCCAAGCCUGCUUUGCGAACGGUGAUGCAACAAUUGUUCUUGCUGUAUGCCAUUCACACAAUGGAAUCUGAAGCUGCCGAAUUCUUAUCAUGCGGAUACUUACAGCCCAAUCAAUAUCGAUUGUUGAGCAAUAAAACUCAAGAGUUGUUUGCCGUUAUCCGUCCUCAAGCUGUUCCUUUGGUCGACUCGUUUGCCAUCAGUGACUUUUUGUUGAAUUCCACUUUGGGUGCCCGAGAUGGAAAUGUGUACGAAGGUUUAUUCAAACAUGCACUUGAUGAACCGCUAAACAGUACAAGAUGGAACGUUGAUAUCAACGAUUUGGAAACUCUUGACAUGGACGAAAAUGCAUCAAUACCCCGUGCAAAACUUUGA